GCUGUUAGAGUGCGGCGUCGCCGCGGAGUUGCGAGCUGGGCUGCAGGCGGGUGGCGGGAGGGAGAGGCGGCUGCCGGGCGCUGAGGUCGGUCUGCAGAGCUCCAGCUUCCCGACGGGCGUAUUUGCUAAGCCUGGGGCUAGGUUUGAGCCGUGGCGAGGCGGCAGCGCAGCGCACACCAAAGAGACGGCGGCAGUGGCGGCCCCAGCCAUGCUGUGCUAUGUGACGAGGCCGGACGCGGUGCUGAUGGAGGUGGAGGUGGAGGCGAAAGCCAACGGCGAGGACUGCCUCAACCAGGUGUGCAGACGAUUGGGAAUCAUAGAAGUUGACUAUUUUGGACUGCAAUUUACCGGUAGCAAAGGUGAAAGCUUAUGGCUAAAUCUGAGAAAUCGGAUCUCCCAGCAGAUGGAUGGGCUAGCCCCUUACCGGCUUAAACUGAGAGUCAAGUUCUUUGUGGAGCCUCAUCUCAUCUUACAGGAGCAGACUAGGCACAUCUUUUUCUUGCACAUAAAGGAGGCCCUCUUGGCGGGGCACCUCCAGUGUUCCCCAGAGCAGGCCGUGGAGCUCAACGCCCUCCUGGCCCAGACCAAGUUUGGAGACUAUAACCAGAACACUGCCAAGUACAACUACGAAGAGCUGUGUGCCAAGGAGCUCUCCAGCGCUGCCCUGAACAGCAUCAUUGCAAAGCAUAAGGAGUUGGAAGGGACCAGUCAGGCUUCCGCGGAAUACCAGGUAUUACAGAUUGUGUCGGCCAUGGAGAACUACGGCAUAGAGUGGCAUUCUGUGAGAGACAGCGAGGGACAGAGACUCCUCAUCGGGGUCGGACCAGAAGGAAUCUCCAUCUGCAAGGACGACUUUAGCCCAAUUAAUAGGAUCGCGUAUCCUGUGGUGCAGAUGGCCACCCAAUCAGGAAAGAAUGUGUACCUGACGGUCACCAAAGAGUCUGGAAACAGUAUUGUGCUCUUGUUUAAAAUGAUUAGCACCAGGGCAGCCAGUGGCCUCUACCGAGCUGUCACAGAAACACAUGCCUUCUACAGGUGCGACACAGUGACCAGUGCGGUCAUGAUGCAGUAUAGCCGAGACCUCAAGGGCCACCUGGCAUCGUUGUUUCUGAAUGAAAAUAUCAACCUUGGCAAGAAGUAUGUCUUUGAUAUCAAAAGAACAUCCAAGGAGGUCUAUGACCAUGCCCGGCGGGCUCUUUAUAAUGCCGGCGUUGUGGACCUGGUGUCCAGGAGCGACCACAGCCCCCCAGGCUCCCCGCUGAAGUCCUCAGAAAGCAACAUGAACUGCAGCAGCUGCGAGGGCCUCAGCUGUCAGCAGACACGCGCCCUGCAGGAGAAACUGCGCAAGCUAAAGGAGGCCAUGCUGUGUAUGGCGUGCUGCGAAGAGGAGAUCAACUCCACCUUCUGCCCCUGCGGCCACACUGUGUGCUGUAAGAGCUGUGCUGCCCAGCUACAGUGUUGUCCAGUCUGCAGGUCACGUGUGGAUCAUGUUCAGCACGUCUACCUUCCAACCCACACCAGUCUUCUCAAUCUAACCAUAAUAUAA